AUGUGUCACUUAUGUUAUUCAAUGCACCCAUUUCGCGAACUCCAAUCUAUAACACAAAACGGCUAUUCAAACCAUAUACUUCAUACUUCACUUCCCGAGUCACCUGUUAAUCCUCAUUUCGGAAAGUAUAACUACCGAUCUAAUAUGACAGUAACAACUGAUAGUUACACCUCUGGAUCCGCGUACCACAGUCAUGGACAUACUACACAUAAUCACGUCCACCAUGGAAUACUACAUCAUGUUCAUUCAAAUCCUAACAAUGUCACCGCCCUUACUGUUCCACAGGAUAGCAGUCAGGUUCGCGUUUGGGAUAUUUGGGCCCACAAUUUUCAUGAGGGAAUGCGCCUUGUCCGUAGACUUGUACGAGAAUGUCAGUAUGUUGCGGUAGAUACAGAGUUUCCAGGUGUUGUUGCAAAGGUUUUUGGUGAGUACGCCAACAGUUUUGAACAAGCGUACCACAAUAUUAAAGUUAAUAUUGACAUGCUUAAACCAAUACAGAUCGGGUUUAGUUUUUUCGACGAGAGUGGUCAGAUGGUCGAUUCAGUCUCAACUGUGCAGUUUAACAUCAAGUGGAAUGUUGACAAUGAAAUGCAUGCGGCCGAUUCUAUUCAAUUAUUGGAAGUUUCUGGAAUAGACUUUGACAAGUUAAAAAGAACAGGAGUUGAACUUAGUGAUUUCGCAGAGGCUUUUCUUACCAGUGGUCUUCCGCUUAAUGACAAAAUAACGUGGAUAGGGUUCCAUAGUGCCUACGAUUUUGCCUAUCUGAUGAAGAUUUGUACAGAUUGGAUGAGGAUGCCAGACAACUUCUUGGAGUUUCAAAAGCUGUUGUUGAUCUUUUUUCCCAAGAUUGUAGAUCUAAAGUCAAUGAUGAGUGAGCACAAGUUCCCCAAGAGUGGAUUACAAGAGCUAGCCGACCUAAUGAGAGUACCACGUAUCGGCUUACAGCAUCAAGCUGGAAGUGACGCAAUGCUCACAGGUGAAACGUUCUUCAGAUUUCUGGAGGAGCAUAGUGGUGGGAAAAUUGACCAACGGGUUCUAAAUCUUGUCUACGGUCUAAAUUAUUGUCCCAACGGUGUAUCUAAUACUUGGAUGCAAAUGAACGGUUCGAGUCCUCAACAUGAUUCGGAGUCUUCUGCAGGUCACAACGUUUCAUAUGCGCCAUCAAUCUUUCGUAACAAUGUUCAUAGUGCCGAUCAUUCCGGUCGCACAUCGCCUGCUGAUUCGACAGGAGGUCACAAAAGUAGUUAA